UACAAGUCGAGCCAAGAUGCAAGUAAAAAAUCUUGCAGCUGAACCCUUCCCUUCCCCGCUUUUUCUUUCUCUCUCUCGCUCGUCUCUCAUCCUCAAUAUCUGUAGCAGGUACAACGUGGUGGUCGGUGGGCUGACUCUGCUAAUAGUUUAAUUAUUAAAAUAAAUAAAUAAAUAUCGGAGAAUAGAUAUAGAGAUAAAGAUGGCAACGUCAUCAGGCUCUCUAGUGGCUGGGGUUAGCGUGCCUCAAAUCCGUCCGUCGUUGAAUCAUAGAGACAGCGGGUAUCGGAUUGUACGGCCGCGCACUCAUCUGUCGCUUCGAAACCGUUUUCAUGUGAAGCCUCUUUCUCUUCUUUCUCCUGCCAGGUGGUCAGGUGCAGGUGGUGAAUCAACAUUAUAUUUAGACAAGGCUGUUACCCGAAACCGUCAUGCUUCCGCAUUCGGUAAACGAGAACAAUUUAAUUGCGCUACCUGCUCUCUUAAUCACCGUAGAACUCGUUGCAGAUUUGUCGAAUCCAUACCAAGAGCUUUUCUUCACAAAUCUACUUUUCCUUUACGCCCCACUGCUCAUGUGAAGCAUGUUCGUGUUCCCUUUGCAACUGUGGGUCCAGAUGAACCACAUGCAGCCAGUACAACCUGGCCAGAUGGUGUUGUUGAUGGACAGGAUUUGGAUUCAUUGUUUCGUGAACCAGACAAGGCUGAAAUCGAGGCAUUUUUAAACUCUGAACUUCCAUCUCACCCGAAGUUGUUUCGUGGGCAGUUGAAAAAUGGGCUCCGUUAUCUUAUUUUACCAAACAAAGUUCCAGCAAGCAGGUUUGAAGCACACAUGGAAAUUCAUGCUGGAUCAAUUGACGAGGAAGAUGAUGAGCAGGGAAUUGCACAUAUGAUUGAACAUGUUGCAUUUCUGGGAAGUAAGAAACGUGAGAAACUUCUUGGGACAGGGGCCCGUUCUAAUGCUUACACUGAUUUUCACCAUACAGUGUUUCACAUCCAUUCACCGACUUGUACAAAGGACUCUGAAGAAGAUCUACUUCCUCUUGUACUGGAUGCCUUGAACGAGAUAGCUUUCCAUCCAAAAUUCCUUUCUUCCCGAAUUGAAAAAGAACGUCGUGCCAUACUUUCAGAACUACAGAUGAUGAAUACGAUAGAGUAUCGUGUUGAUUGCCAGUUGUUACAACAUCUGCAUUCUGAAAACAAGCUAAGCAGAAGGUUCCCAAUUGGAUUAGAAGAGCAGAUUAAGAAAUGGGAUGCUGAUAAAAUAAGGAAAUUCCAUGAGCGUUGGUACUUCCCUGCUAAUGCAACCUUAUAUAUCGUGGGUGACAUUGAUAAUAUUUCGAAGACGGUUCAUUAGAUUGAGGCUGUCUUUGGGAAAACUGGCCUUGAAAAUGAGGCAGCAUCUGCACCACCUCCUAGUCCUAGUGCAUUUGGUGCAAUGGCUAGUUUUCUAGUUCCUAAGCUCCCAGUUGGGCUGGCUGGAAGCUUAUCCAAUGAACGACCAUCUAGUUCAGCUGAUCAAUCUAAAAUCAUUAAAAAGGAAAGACAUGCAGUUCGUCCUCCCGUGAAGCAUAAUUGGUCUCUCCCUGGAAGUGGUUCAAAUAUGAAUCCCCCACAGAUAUUUCAGCAUGAGUUGCUUCAAAAUUUCUCAAUUAAUAUGUUCUGCAAGAUUCCAGUGAAUAAGGUUCAAACAUAUGGUGAUCUGCGAAAUGUUUUGAUGAAAAGAAUCUUUUUGUCUGCUUUGCAUUUUCGGAUUAACACAAGAUACAAGAGUUCAAAUCCGCCGUUUACAUCUGUUGAAAUGGAUCAUAGUGAUUCUGGAAGGGAAGGAUGCACAGUCACAACCCUUACAGUAACUGCAGAACCUAAGAAUUGGCAAAAUGCAAUUAAAGUUGCAGUUCAAGAGGUCAGAAGGCUUAAAGAAUUUGGUGUCACCAAUGGUGAAUUGACUCGCUACUUGGAUGCUCUAUUGAAAGAUAGUGAACACCUGGCAGCUAUGAUUGAUAACGUGUCAUCUGUUGACAAUCUGGAUUUCAUUAUGGAGAGUGAUGCCCUUGGCCAUACGGUUAUGGAUCAGAGACAAGGACAUGAAAGCUUGCUUGCUAUUGCUGGAACAAUUACUCUUGAAGAAGUUAAUUCCAUUGGUGCCAAGGUCUUAGAAUUUAUCUCAGAUUUUGGAAGACCUUCUGCACCUGUUCCUGCAGCAAUCGUUGCAUGUGUUCCAAAGAAGGUGCAUGUUGAUGGAAUUGGAGAAACUGAAUUCAAGAUAUCCUCAAGUGAGAUAACAGAUGCCAUAAAAUCGGGACUAGAAGAGCCAAUUGAAGCUGAGCCAGAGCUUGAAGUUCCAAAGGAGUUAAUAUCUCUAUCAGAGUUAGAGGAGUUAAAGUUGCAGUGCACGCCAUCCUUCGUUCCUCCGAGUCCUGAAUUAAAUGUCACUAAAGUGCAUGACAAAGAAACUGGGAUCACUCAACGCCGUCUUUCAAAUGGAAUUCCUAUUAAUUAUAAGAUUUUGAAACAUGAAGCCCAAGGAGGUGUUAUGCGGCUUAUUGUUGGCGGUGGGCGAGCAGCUGAAAGUCCUGAGUCGAGAGGAGCUGUUGUGGUGGGUGUUCGAACUCUCAGUGAGGGUGGUCGUGUGGGCAACUUUUCAAGGGAACAGGUUGAACUUUUUUGUGUAAAUCACUUGAUAAAUUGCUCUUUGGAGUCCACAGAAGAAUUUAUUGCUAUGGAAUUCCGUUUUACUCUAAGAGAUAACGGAAUGCGUGCAGCUUUCCAGUUACUCCAUAUGGUGCUUGAGCAUAGUGUCUGGCUGGAUGAUGCCUUUGACAGAGCUAGACAGUUAUAUCUUUCAUAUUAUCGGUCCAUUCCCAAAAGCUUGGAACGUUCAACUGCUCACAAACUCAUGUUGGCAAUGUUAAAUGGAGAUGAGCGGUUUGUGGAACCUACACCAAAAUCAUUAGAAAAUUUAACUUUGAAAUCGGUAAAAGAUGCAGUGAUGAAUCAGUUUGUGGGGAAUAACAUGGAGGUAAGUAUUGUCGGGGACUUUGCGGAGGAGGAAAUUGAGUCUUGUAUUCUUGACUAUCUAGGCACAGUUAGAGCACCAACUGAUUCUAAGAGAGAGCAUGAGUUUAGUCCAUUCUUCUUUGGACCAUCUCCAUCCGAUUUGCAACAUCAACAAGUAUUCCUGAAGGACACAGAUGAGAGAGCAUGUGCCUACCUUGCAGGCCCUGCUCCAAAUCGUUGGGGUUUAACAGUUGAUGGAGAAGAUCUGUUUGAGUCAAUGGGUGAUACUUCAACUACUCAUGAUCUACAACCUAAAAAUGAGGAACCACUUUUGGAGGGGAAUAAUCUCGAGAAGGAUCAACAAAUAAAACUUCGCAGACAUUCACUUUUCUUUGGUAUUACAAUGGGACUGCUUGCUGAGAUCAUAAAUUCUAGGCUUUUUACAACAGUCCGGGAUUCUCUUGGAUUAACUUAUGAUGUAUCAUUCGAAUUGAACCUGUUUGAUAGGCUUAAUCUUGGAUGGUAUGUGGUAUCUGUAACAUCAACCCCAGGCAAGGUUCAUAAAGCUGUUGAGGCAUGCAAGAAUGUCCUCAGAGGUUUGCAUACUAACAGGAUUGUCCCUAGGGAACUGGACAGGGCAAAGCGGACCCUUCUAAUGAGACAUGAAGCUGAAAUCAAGUCAAAUGCCUAUUGGCUUGGAUUGUUAGCUCACUUGCAAGCUUCUUCUGUUCCCAGGAAGGACAUAUCAUGUAUUAAGGAACUUACUUCCUUAUACGAAGCUGCUACUAUCGAGGACAUAUAUCUUGCAUAUGAACAAUUGAAAGUGGAUGAAGGUUCUUUAUAUUCAUGUGUUGGGAUUGCGGGGGCUCAGGCUGGUGAAGAAGAUGCUGCUGCUUUAGAGGAAGAAUCAGAUGAAAGCUUUCAAGGAGUUAUUCCUGUGGGAGGGCGUGGCUUAUCUACGAUGACAAGGCCAACAACAUGAGCUCACUAUAUUUCAAUAUCGAUGUUGUGUGUUGAGGACAUAUUAAACAUUAGAAGGUAAAAUGGUGAGAAGCUUGCGUUGGCUGACACGGAUUCAUAGCAGAACAAAUAAUCACACGGAGCUAGAACAGCCAAAGAAGUAAAGCCGUGAAUCAAGUGGUUUGGUAGAUUUGCUCCCAGUUGAUUCUAGUUUUGAUGAAUACAGCUUCCCAUCGUAACCAGUGGAAAAUCAAAGAUUUGUGGUAUAUUAGUAUUUACAUGCACCAAGCAUGUAAUAAUCAUUAGAAAUUAAACAAGGGUUUAGCUUAUAGGUGGCGAUUAUCUAAUUGUAUAUUAAUCGAUUUGAGGUACAAUAAUUGGGAGCUCGAUGGUGAAGUCAGAGCUCAUAAUCUUGUGAUUGUAAUUUCAAUUGAAAAUUUUCCAAAUAAUUUACUAAUUGUGCCAUAUUUGUUUUUAUGAUUAUGUAUUUCUUGCUGUUUUUUGGUA